AAAUUUUCAAGUUAUUAUUAUGAAGAAAAACUUAUUUUUUAAACACGGAUAAUAAAUAAAUCUUAUCACUAAAUGUAAUAAUCAAUCCAGAUUGAUUUAAAUAGUAAAGUUGAAAAAAAAAUAAAAAAAACAACAAUGAUGCAUUACGGAUCAUGGAUAACUCCUCAACAAGUGAUGGACAAUCGUUACUACUCAUCCUCAUUUGUCGAAGAGCCCUACCGCUCGCGAAGUGACCCCCGGGACGAAGACAGCGAGCAAACUGGAGACGAGACCCACGAAACAAUAACAACAGCCACCUCCGAGGAUCGAAGCCCCAGCGCAGACAUAUUUCGGCUGGAAUUCGCUGCAACUCAGCGUCUUAAACUAGUGUCCAAUGCAGAAGGUCUUUUCAACCGUCUGGUUGCAAGCAAUAUUCUCCCCCACAAUGAGCAGGACCAGAUAGAGCAGUGGCUCUGCAUGAAGCAAGAGUACGAGGAGUGCAUCACCAGUGACGAGACCGCAAGUACUCCUGGUUACGGUGAAAACACUCGUCGGUCACUGGAACGUAUCGAGGAAGUUACUGAAACUGAUGACAAGACUGAUGAAUCAAAUCCUCAGCGUAUUUCUUCGGAUACUUCAGUGUCCGAUGUUGAUGAUGAUGAUGAUGAUGAUGAUGAUGAUGAUGAUGAUGAUGAUGAUGAUGAUGAUGAUGAUGAUGAUGAUGAUGAUGAUGAUGAAAAUGAUGAAGAAAAUGAAGAUGAUGAAAGUAAUAUUAAUUCAGAAAAUCCAGACUUUUUAGAAAAACUCGACGAGUGUAUGAAUAAAUUUAAACAAGAAACAGAUUAUAUUAUUGAUAAUAUUAAUGAUGAAUAUAUUGACAAAAGUUUGCCGAUAAUUGCUGGACAUUUAUCAACAAAUAAUAAUAAUAAUAAUAAUAAUAAUAAUAAUAACAAUAAUUAUAAUAUUAAUACUAGUAGUGAUGAUAAUUAUAAAAUAAUAAAACCAAUACCAAUAAGAAAUAGAUCGGUACGGAGGAAUUCAAUGCUACCGGGUUCAGAUAUGUGUAAUGAUAUUGUCGCAUUUACGACGGGUUUAAAACUUCCAACGUGUUGUCAAGAGCAAUCAGCUGGUGAAUGUGUUACUGAUAACUCACCGGACAUUUUGGUCGAUGCAUUGAAGAGCAAUGAUAUACUCGAACCGAUAAAAACUCUCAAGACGCUGACGAUGAACAAUGAAGUUAAACAGACUCAGGUUAAAAUUAUAAAAGAGGAACUAGACGACGCGCACAAACGUAUUGAAGAGCUACAGAAGACUAUAAAGAUUAAGGAAGAAUUUAUUGGGGAUAUGAUUAAAAAUUCCGAGACACGGAGACAAAAAGUUGAGCGAAAAAAAUUUAAAGUUAAAAGAGAACUAAGUUCACGCUCUUGGACUACUGAUAAGUCAAUGUCUUUGUUGAGGGAUGAAAAAUGCCAUCGAGACAUUGAGUUGUGUAAGAAUAUCGCAAUACACUAUGAGCAGAGGCUUAUGGACAUCGAGAGGAUAAGACAGAUUGCUGGAGAUUCGGCAAAGAAAGUGUUGGAGUUAGAAAUGUCGCUAAAUUAUUCAAAAAUGCAGAUGGAAAAGCUCCAGUGGCAGCUGAAAAAUGAGGAGGAUAGAAAAAAUCAGUUGGAGAAUGAACUUGCUGAAGAUCAGAAGAAAAUUAAAGAGCUGGAGGAAAAGUAUAAUUUAACAGAGUCUAAGCUACAGGAAUUGAAGAGCGAGUCGGAAGACGAGCGAGCAAACUCGAGGAUGAGGAUUGAACAGAAGGUUUUGAUUAAUUCGAGACUGUCACAGUUAGAAUAUUUCAAGGACAAGUCUUUGGACUUGGAGAAGGCUGAGGAUUUAAAAAAAGCUGCAGACAGCAAUGGGGUCCAGAAGCUAAGGGACGCGAUCGAGGAACUGCGGAUACAUAAAGAUAGUUUAGAGAGCCAGAAAUUUGAUUUGAUGACCAAGAUGCAGGAGGGAAAACUCACUGAAGACGAAGAGAGAAAACGACUGGAAUGUAAUGAAGCUAUUGAAAUGAUUGAUACAAUGAUUGAAAAUAAAAAUUCACUCAUCUGUAAGCUUAUGAAACUAGGAGUCAAUAGUUUAAAUAAUAACUCAAGCAAUCCCGAGGAAUCUAGAAUCAGCACUGAGAAGAUGAUGAUCGAUAGACAUCUGUCGAGAUUGAGUGAUCGGGAAAUGAGGGAGUUGUUUUAUGUUUACUUUAAAAAAGUUAUUGACUUGAAGGAAAGCUCGAGAACGCUUGAUAUACAAAAUGCUAUUUACGAAGCAGAUCUUCAGAAAAUGAAGCGGCAGAUUCGUACGCUGAUGAACGCGCUCAAAGACAGGCAGUAUGAUCAUAACCAGACAAUCGUCAUGUCUGGUAAAGGAGACCAGGAAAAGCUCCAGCUCGUUUUAAGGGACUUUGCCAACGAGGCUGACGAUUUGGAGUUGGAGAUGGAGAGACUCAGAAGAGAAAACAAGAGUCUCAGAAGGAAAGUUGGAGAGCUCAAGACCGCGAGAAUCACUGGCCUCAGUCCCAGCAAGUACACUAAGCAAGGCUAUAGAGAAUUCAACCCAAUUGAAGAGAAAACAAAGGUCACCCGAGAAAAGAAUAGAAUUAUCAUUCAGAAAACUCAUUGUGACAAAAAGAAAAAGUAGGUUUUAUUGUCUAAGUACUGGAUUUAAUUCAAAGGGUGUAAGUCAUUAUUAUUUUUUAUUUUUUUCAAAAAAAAUCUAGUGAUCAAUAGAAAUAAUACUUUUUUUAUACAAAAAAUUAUUUUUUUUCUUUAAAAUUCAAUUUAUUUGUUUUCCAAAAUUUUUAUAUAUUAGGAUAUUGAUUUUUUUUAUUUAUUAACGUCAAA